AUGUCCCUUACAAUGGAACCAGCACCUCGAACGCAGAACCUGACCGGGACAAGUUCACCGUGGGCCCACGCAGCCCGCCGGAUCAAGUGCGAUGAAACGCUGGGGACGUGCGACAACCGCACGCGGACCGAACGGCAGUGCGAAUAUGAUCUGCACCGGAUUCCCGAGCGCGCGCGCGUCGGCAGCGCCGUUGCGCCGGCGGCCCAGAUCUCGCUGCCGUGGAAAAUGACCUCGGACGAGCGACGGUGCCUGUCGCUCUUUCAGCACAGCUCGCACCGCCUCCUCGCCUACUUCACCCGCUACCUCCACCUCUUCCACGAGUUCUGCCACCGCACCCUCCAACCCACGCACCAAAUCAACCACGAAAAACUCACCCGCGAAGCCCACAUCAUGCGCCUGUCCUGCCUCUACUCCCUCCCCGCCAUCAAGAUCGCCCUCUUCAGCAAGGAGCGCCCGCUGCCGCCCCGCCUCCUCCCGGACUUCCUCGCCGUCCUCACCGCCGCCGAGGCGGCCAUCGCCCGCUUUCCGGUGACCGCGACAAACACCGCGGGACGCUCCGCCAUCACCGCCCGCCCGACCGUCCCCGCCCUGUGCGUCGCCACCAUGCGCUGUCCGGACUUCGGGCUGCGGUGUCGCGGCAUCGCCGCCCUGCGGGCGUGGGACGCCCAGGAGGCGUUUAUGGGCGCCGCGUUCAAUGCAGAUCUGAUCGAGGAGGUCACAAAGGUGGAGUUGUUGGUCCGGUCUCGUGUCGGGGAGGAGGAGAGCGGACUCCGCCCCGCCGCGGCGCGGAUCGGGUACCGCGGGAGCGACGGGGUGGAGCGCGCGCAUUGGGUCAUGUGGGUGCGCAACGAGGCGCUGGCGGCGGAGCUGCGCGCUUUCGAGGGGUCGGCGGAGUGGCCGUGUGUGCGGUAUCUGCAGCUGCUGGAUCAUUCGUAG